GUCUGAAAAUGCGCUCAUUUCUACCAGCAGUGGCCGAGCAGCUUUUCCAAGAUAUUCAAAAAACCUACCAGGAAACUUCCCAAAUUCCCGAUGACCUGCUUAUUGCGUUGAAGUUUGUCUUCGGGCCCUGUGCGCUGCAGGCUUUGGACCUUGUUGACCAACGUUCAGUCACCUGUCUGUCGUCUCCCAGUGGACGCAAAGCUUUCCAGGUAAUUGGAGGCUCGGGACGCUUGUACACUUGUUUUGUGUCCUGUCACUUCUGUCCCUGCCUGGCGUUCGCCUACACCGUGCUCCGCAGAAACGAGGGCCCACUGUGCAAACACAUCCUGGCCGUCUACCUGUGCCAGGCCAUGGGUGUGACUCAGCAGGACAGCGUGUCCGAUGAGCAGAUGACCUCGCUGCUCAGCGGGACGGCAGCGCCAUGACAGCCAGCAGGUGGACCAGCGCGCCCCUCAGGGACCCUCAGGGACCCUCAGGGACCCUCAGGGACCCUCUUGGAUGAGAUCCGAUGUCACGAACUGACUCUCAUGGUCGCUGCAGAGAGGAGCGCAGCCCGGGAACACGACCACGGUUUCUACUCUUACAUCCGUCUCUCUGAAAGACACCAGAUGUUGCUUUAUUUAUUUUUUCUUUUGGAGGAGUUCUUAAACUGUUUCCACGGAAACAGCUUUAUUUUUAGAUUCUUUUUAUCUGAAGCUGCAUCAAUUGCUUAAGUUUGCAUGCUAAAGAGACUUCAUCAACAUUUUAAAAAAAACACAUUUCCAAUGUAAUAUUUGUAAAUAUAAAGCACCGUAUGAAAUGUUGGGAAUAAAGACUGAUCAAUAACAAUAUAAA